AUGAUUCCUGUCCUCCUGAUAAUGCUCACACAGCUGUCAUCUGUGCACAAGGCAGAGAAGUCUCCUUGUUUCCCAAAAAUCACUCCCAGCCUUUCCAGAGAUGGGGACCUGGUGAUUGGGAACUUUCUCCCCCUGUAUUCCAUUGAAGUCAGCAGCGUCAGAGGAGCAGAAAUGUUUCAAAGUCAUCCUGACAAGGGCUGUAGAGAUCACAAGUGGCUGCACAAAAAUUACCAGCAGGUCCUGGCCCUGGUAUUUGCUGUGGAAGAGAUCAACAGGGACUCCAAUCUGUUACCAAAUAUUUCUUCUCUGGGAUUUCACCUCUACAAUGCCUACCACAGUGAUGAGAGAACCUUGGAGAGCUCCCUGCAGUGGCUGUCUGGGCAGGGCCAGCUCGUCCCUAACUACAGCUGCUGGGAGAAGAAGCCUGUGGCAGUCAUUGGAGGAGCCACAUCAGCUCUGACUGUCCAAAUGGGGACACUGUUCAAUCUCUACAAAGUUCCACAGAUCAGCUAUGGGCAUUUUGAUUCCAUCUUGAGUGACAAGACCCAGUUUCCUUAUCUCUACCAGCUGGCCAACAAAGACUCCUCCCUACACAGGGGUGUGGUGCAAUUAAUGGUACAUUUUGAAUGGACAUGGGUAGGUCUCAUAACUACAGAUGAUAUGAGAGGGGAGGAAUUCCUUUGGAAAUUAAGAGGGGACAUGGUCAAGCAUGGCAUCUGUCUAGCAUUCACAGAAAAGAUUGCAGUCAGUGAAAGAAGAUAUGGAGAAUCUCAGGAUAUGUUCUUGACACGUAUCAUAGAAUCAUCUGUCAGAGUCAUCAUCAUUCAUAUUGACACAGAUUCACUCACAAUCUUUAGAUAUUCACAGCCUCUUCAUGUCUACAUAUGGAAGGUCUGGAUCACCACAUCUCAUUGGGACAUCACCAUGAGACCCUACUUGAGGGAUGGCUACAAUUUCCAUGGAGCUCUUUCAUUUUCACACAUUACAAAUGAGAUUCCUGGCUUCAAGUCCUUUCUCAGGACAGUAAAGCCUGCCAAAUACCCAGAGGAUAUUUUACUUAAGGAGUUUUGGUCUUCAGCAUUCAAAGACGAAGAGAAAUCUGAAAAGCGGGAACAGACAGAAUGUUCACCAAAUGCCUCUUUGGAAGCUCUACCUCUGUAUACCUUUGACAUGACCAUGUCUAGUCUGAGUUACACCAUUUAUAAUGCUGUAUAUGCUGUAGCCUGGGCCCUCCAUGAAAUGCUCCUAGUGACAUCAGAGGAAGAAUCUAUAAGAGAUGGAGAAAGCCGAGCUCCUCAGCCAUGGCAGCUCCACUCCUUUCUGAAGAAAACCCAGUUUAACAACAGUGCUGGUCACCAGCUGUCUUUAGAUGACACAGGAAGUUCUGAGGCUCAAUAUGACAUUAUGAACUUUUUGUUCUUUCCUAAUGAAACUGAAGCCCUGGUGAAAGUGGGGCAGUUUAUCUCCAAUGUUCCCCCUGGCCAAGGUUUCACUGUUCAUAAGGAGAUCAUAGUAUGGAGCUGGAUGGAUUCAGAGGUUCCCCUUGCUGUGUGCACUGAUGGCUGUGGCCCUGGAUUCAGGAAAACUCCACUGGAGGGAGAGCCCAGCUGCUGCUUUGACUGUUCUCCAUGCCCAGAGGGAGAGGUUUCCAAACAAAGGAAUAUGAAGCUUUGUACAAAGUGCCCAGAAGAUGAGUAUCCAAAUAAGGAGAGGGAUCACUGCCUCCCCAAAGUCAUUUCUUUUCUGGAUAUCAAAGAACCUCUGGGAAUGGCUCUCGCCUGUAUAGCUCUUUCCUUCUCUGUGCUGACAGCUCUGAUUCUCUGGGUGUUUGUGAAGUUUCGUGAUACCCCCAUAGUCAAAGCCAAUAACAGGGCCCUCAGCUAUACUCUCCUCAUCUCCCUCAUCUUCUGUUUCCUCUGCUCCCUGCUCUUCAUUGGUCGUCCCACUGCAGCCACCUGCCUCCUCCGACAAACUACAUUUGGGCUUGUGUUCACUGUAGCUGUUUCUUGCAUUUUAGCAAAAACCAUCACGGUCAUUCUGGCCUUCAAGGUCACAAUACCAGGAAGGAGAAAAAUGAUUUGGCUGCAACCUGGAGUAUCCAACUGUGUUGUUCUUUUUUGCUCUGGGAUCCAAGUGAUUCUUUGUGGUAUCUGGCUGGGAAUCUCACCUCCCUUUCCAGACACAAACACACAUUCCCAACCUGAUCAGAUCAUCAUUGAAUGUAAUGAGGGCUCUGUCCUUGGUUUCUACAGUGUCUUGGGCUACAUUGGCUUCCUAGCCUUGGGGAGCUUCACAGUGGCUUUCUUGGCCAGGAGCCUGCCUGACACCUUCAAUGAAGCCAAGUUCAUCACCUUCAGCAUGCUGGUGUUCUGCAGUGUGUGGGUCUCCUUCCUGCCCACCUACCAGAGCACCAAGGGCAAAGCCAUGGUGGUGGUGGAGAUCUUCUCCAUCCUGGCAUCCAGUGCUGGCUUACUGGGCUGCAUCUUCAUUCCCAAAUGUUAUGUGAUAUUGUUGAGGUCAGACGAGAACACUAAGGAAUGCAUAAGAAAUAAAUCAGGCCACAAUAAUGGGAAGCAUUCAGGAACAUUGACUCAGAAUUCCUUCACAAGAAGGAAGAGAUAG